AUGGUGACGCGACGCUCUCACAACAAGUCCCGACACGGAUGCUCGAGCUGCAAGCAAAGGAGAGUAAAGUGUGAUGAGCAACGGCCCACUUGUGGUCACUGCACCCAAAGACAAACAGAAUGUGUGUACACCGCCGCAGGCCCGUACUUCUUUGCUGGCAAGCAAUCUCGAAGAGCCAGAGCAGCAGAUUUAUCCUGUACUUCAAAUCAUAGCCCCCAGUGGGAGGCAUCUCUGAACCAUCUGCAACCAGCAGAGGAACCGACAAACUCGGCUUCCCUGGAUAUGGAACAGCUGGAGCUGGUAUUCCAGUGGAUUCAACACACCCACAAAAGUUUAGCCAGAAAUGAAGAGACUCGAAAGGUUUGGGAAAGAGUGGUUCUAGAGGAAGGUCUCAAAGCCCCGUUUCUAAUGCAUGGGAUCCUAGCUCUUUCUGCGCUGCAUCUAUCAUGCACCCGAGAGAAUGAACAGAGCAGAUGGCUGGGUGUUGCGAUAUCCCACAAGAACGUCGCUUUAUCCCUAUUCUCCGAACAGCUUUCCAACAUUAACCAGUCCAAUGCCAAAGCGAUGAUGGGCUUUGCUGGACUUGUCGUGAUGUUCGGCUUAGGAAGCGCACUCACCCCCGGAACGGAAACCGGCCCUAGUCUCGGUGCAUUGAUCGAGAUAUUCACGCUUUCGCGCGGAGUGCAGACUGUCGUCAAUGAGGAAUUCCGAUUUUUGCUUGAAAGCAAUUUUGCACCGCUUUUUCAAGCAACGCCGCCCGAUGUAUCAACCCCAGACCAUGUCGUGGAUGCAUUUGAUCAUCUGAUUGAGUUGAACAAUCGGCUGGACCAAGAUUUAGACCAUCAUGAUUCCAAAUGCUAUGAGCAGUCGAUCAACCUACUGCGAAAUCUGGCUGCGUUCACUUUAGCGGAGCCUACAACAAUGACACUUGUCGGUGGGUGGGCCAUCCGAGUAUCGCCAGAGUUCUUGGAUGCCCUGAGCUGCCGUGACCCGUUUGCGCUCGUGAUACUGGCUCACUUUUGUGGGUUUUUGAACAUGGCUCAUGAAAAUUGGUGUAUAGGGCCCUGGGGCUCCCUGGUUCUGGAUGAGAUUUGCCAAUUGCUGCCACAAGAUUGGAAGCACCAAGUACAAUGGCCAGUUGAGCAGACCCUGAGGAUACGAACUGCCCAAUUGAACGACCCAACUACGGAGACAUGA